AUGUCUGCCGCGUCCAAGCAGUCUGGUGAGCCCCGGCUGGGCUCACCCCUUGCCGAGGAGGAGGAGGAGGAUCUCUACGUGCGCCUCAAGGCGCUGCGGCGCCAGCUGGAGUUAGUCGGGAUCCGGGAGGAGUGUAUCAAGAACAAGCAUAAGAACCUGAAGCGGGAGCUGCGGUGGGAGGUGAAGCGCCUCCAGAGCGUCCCGCUCGUUGUUGGCCAUCUCCUGGAGAUGAUCGACCAAAACAGCGCCAUCGUGCGGUCAUCCAGGGCGAUCGAACCGUUACGUGCGGAUCCUGAGCACCGUCAACAGGGAACUCCAUCUUUUUGUUAAGCCAGUCGGAGAAGCCCGACGUCACCUAUAACGUAAGCCUGCAAAGGUUUUGCCACCCGCCACUACCUCCCGUCCCCAUUGUCUUUGCAUCGCCAUUUCGUUUUAGUGUUUGGUGAUCGUUCAUCGUCCUGUAUGCUGGCUGUUUCUUGGGAGAUAGAUUCCUGAGAUAAAUGUUUGUAGUCGAUCCGGAUUUGGACGUCUCUUUAUUUCUAUUGCUGUGUCGAUUAGUGAUGAUCACGGGUUUUUUUUUCCCUUCUUUUUUUCGAUUCUUCGCCGAAAGCUUAAUUUAAUAUGAUUUUCUUACGUCAGGUAGUGAGUAUUUAUUGUUGUGAAAUCUAUUCUUCUACUUCUCUUCACCGUCUGCGUCUCCUAGGACCGAGACAGAACCGGUUCGGAGGGAAGUAAGCAUUAUCUUGACGUUCGCAGAACCAGUGGAACGCAUGAAUUGUUGCAUUGGUGGAAUGUGAAGAAAAAUUGACGGCAGUCUUUUCUGAGUAUUCUCUUAUCUAUCUUUAUUUGCAUCAAAUGGCGGCCUGCCUCGUUCAUUUCUGUCUUUCUUUAUUUUCUUCGGCAAAAUUUUCGUUCUAUGCAGGACAUCAGUGGCUGUGACAUUCAGAAGCAGGAGAUUCGUGAAUUUGUGGAGUUGCCUUUGAUUCAUCACGAGCUUUAUAGACAGAUUGGCAUAGACCCACCGCGGGGAGUGCUUCUUUAUGGCCCUCCUGGCACGGGUAAAACCAUGUUCGCAAAGGCCCUGGCACAUCACACUACGGCUGCAUUCAUACGGGUGGUUGGAUCAGAGGUACUUGGGUCUCCUUUUGAAAAAUUCCAUACGGGUGGUUGGAUCAGAGGUACUGAGGUGUGAGCUUCGCAGAUCAGGUCUCCUUUUGAAAAAUUCAUCCAAUUUUCUCGCCCCCUUGGCUCCGUGGAAUCAAUCCCAUUCAUUCUGUUUGGGUGUUGGCUCCGUGAUUCUUGUGCAUCGUGAGAGAGUUAACUAAUGUUCUUCUCCCUCGACUUGGAAUGCCACAAGUUGACGUUUCUUCCAGAUCUUCCUUACAACUCCGCAUCAUUGCAAACUGGCAAAAUAUUUUCUGCGCAACUUCAUAGAAAAGUUAUUUUCUCAAACCCAUUGGAUUGCAUCACACUUGCCGCAUCAAAAUUAUUUUAUUACGUGGGCCCUUCGUCAUGUUUGUGGCUUUGUGCUUGCUUAUCUGGGCUCCCACCUCUUUUGACACGGAGCAAGGAUGGCUCGGAUGUUUUUUUGCCCCGCUAAAGGGAACACUCCCUCUAUAGUUUUUAUGGACGAAGUUGACGCAAUCGCUGCAGACCGCGAAGUUCAGCGAAUUCUCUUGGAGUUGUUGAAUCCGGUAAAGAUCAAAGGGGAUAACAACUCAAAAUGAGGAUGGUUAUCUUCUCUGCCCUUUCUUAGUUUCAAAUCUUGCAUUGUACACGGUGAGCAUCAUAUAUCAUAGCAAGGGAAUGGGCUUGCUUUGGUCGUCCCGCUGAAAACGUUGGCAACGCCUGUUAAAUAAAUAAUGUGCCAGAGAAGGGAAUAGGACUCGCUGUUGUUUUCGUUUGAUAUGCUACUUCUGACGACUCUUGACCCAUUUAACGGAUGGGUUUCGAAAGCCUGUACCUCUGCUUGGCUCGUCAUCAGAGUAAUAUAUGCUCUGCGACUUGUUCUUAUUUUUUUAAGAAUUUUGACAUCAUGUCGACCUCUUAGUGUGGACCACAUGGGAAGGGGGCCGUUAGAAUCUUAAAUUCUGAAUGAGCCGUCCUCUCGUUUGUCGAAGCUCAGAUCGUGCUUGAUGAUGAAGGUCAACGAAGUCAGGGGGGCAGCUAUGUGAAAGUUAGUCGCGGUAUCGGAUGCCCGACAGCCCGGUCUGCCGUUCGCGACAUGAGAUCUCGAUGGAGUUGGCCGGGCCGUCGUCGGCGUUCCGUCGAGCUUCUCUGAACUUUCCCUUUCGACUCUCUCAGCGGCGCGACGAUGCUUUGAACCACGUCCUAUCGUCCCGGAACAUACUGCCGAGUCGCCGUGAAGUGUUAUGUUCUUACUGCAGUAGAGAGAUGGAGAGAGGCAGCGAGCUAUGAUAGGCUCAAGAAAGGAAACCUUUGGCCAAUGAACCGUUGGGUGGAGACCAUCUUCGCUAUCUUCGAUCCGGCUGAGGGACUUUUCAAAAUCCUCGUCCCUCUCACUGUCUUUUACGCCGACGUCGACGUCUGACGUAUACGGGGUGAGAGGGACGAGGAUUUUGAAAAGUUCAGAGAAGCUCGUCAGUUACAACUCAUUCCAGCUCGCGCAGGCCGAAUGGACUAAACCAAUACAACAAACUCUGACGCGCAUCAGGACUGACCAAGUUGACCGUCUUUGACCCGUCGCUAUUCGAGGAUGCCUCAACAAAAGCCAUGAAAAAAUCCACUACAUUUCUUGGGCUCGGGUCCAACUCUGACUAG